GCCAUAUCCUUCGCCGGUUCCCUUCCUGCCUGCCUCCCUAGGUUCGUUCAAACAGAUUCGCUCAGCACAGGCAGCUCGACGACGUAGCAGAAAAAGAGAACUAGAGAAGCGAUCAGUUAGCCAUGGCCUCCUCGUCGCUGGACACGGAGGCGGGAGCCGGAGCGCAGCACAAGGCCGGCGGCGACGGCAGCGGGUACACCACCGCGGCCACCGCCCACGCGGUAGACACAGAUUCAUGGCAGCAGGUUGGGCUGCUGCUGGUGACGGGGUUCAACUGCGCCUACGUGCUCAGCUUCUCCAACCUGAUGAUGGUGCCGCUGGGGUGGGGGUGGGGCGCCGCCUGCCUGCUGCUCCUCGCCGCCGCCGCCUGGUACGCCAACUGGCUCCUCGCCGGCCUCCACGUCGUCGACGGCCAGAGGUUCAUCCGCUACAGGGACCUCAUGGGCUUCGUCUUCGGGAGGAAAAUGUACUACCUCACCUGGUUCCUGCAGUUCACCACCCUGCUCCUGGGAAGCAUGGGCUUCAUUCUGCUCGGCGGAAGAGCACUCAAGGCGAUCAGCGCGGAGUUCACCCAGACGCCUCCGCGGCUGCAGUGGUUCAUCGCCGCGACGGGGUUCGUCUACUUCGCCUUCGCCUACUUCGUGCCCACCAUCUCCGCCAUGAGGAACUGGCUGGCCACCUCCGCCGCGCUCACCGUCACCUUCGACGUGGCGCUGCUGGCCGUCCUCGUCAGAGACGGCCGGUCGAACGAUCGGAGCGGGAGGGACUACAGCAUCCACGGGACGGGGGCGGAGAAGGCGUUCAACGCGCUGGGGGCCGUGGCGGCGAUCCUGGUGUGCAACACCUCGGGCCUGCUCCCGGAGAUCCAGUCGACGCUGCGUAAGCCGGCGGUGGGCAACAUGCGGCGGGCGCUGGCGCUGCAGUACACGGUGGGCGCCGCGGGGUACUACGGGAUCAGCGUGGCCGGGUACUGGGCGUACGGCGCCGCCGCGUCCGAGUACCUCCCCAACCAGCUCUCCGGCCCGCGCUGGGCCUCCGUGCUCAUCAACGCCACCGCCUUCCUCCAGAGCAUCGUCUCGCAGCACCUGUUCACGGUGCCGAUCCACGAGGGCAUGGACACGGGGCUGCAGCGGCUGGAGGAGGGCAUGUUCUCGCGCUACAACAUGACGCGCAGGCUCUUCGCCAGGGGGCUGCUCUUCGGGGUCAACGUCUUCGUCACCGCGCUCUUCCCAUUCAUGGGCGACUUCGUCAACCUCUUCGGCUCCUUCGCGCUCUUCCCGCUCACCUUCAUGUUCCCCAGCAUGAUCGUCCUCAAGAUCAAAGGGGAGUGCGACGGGAGAUGGGGCAGGCUCUGGCACUGGGGCAUCAUCGUCGUCUCCUCCGCCGUCGGCCUCGCCACCUCCGCCGCCGCCGUCAGACUCAUCCUGCACAACGCCAGCGUCUACCGCUUCUUCGCCGACACCUAGAGCACGACUAUCCCGCCGCGCAGGACGGCAGGAUGAUGAUGCAGUACGUGCGCCCAACCGUGACAUAACAGUUACUACUACCACCACCACCAGACCAUCGUAUCCGUGUCAAUUCGUGGGCACGUUAACAUGCCAAACGUGAGACCAAAAAAUAGCAGUACUCAUAGUCAUAGUAGUGGUGGUGAACCACCUGCAUUGGACGCCAUUUGAGCAAGAAGCAGCUUCCAUUUCGGAACGAAAACCAAAGAUAAAAUAAAAUAAUGCCACUUCCCCUUGGAA